CACUCUUUCUCAGAGCUUAAAUCGCAUUCUCUCAAAAUUCAAUUGUUAUCGUCUCUCAAAAUAGAAAUAUGAUAGGCAAGAGAGGACCUAAUUGGCGUCCGAAUGAAGAUGAAAUCUUGUGCAGAGCUUGGGUGUCGAUAUCAGAAGAUGGAGCGGUUAGCACCAACCAGAAGUCUACAAGGUUGUGGGACAGAGUGGCGGCAGAACAUCAAAAAUGGGAUCCUACUACAACUCGUACUGAUAUUGCAAUGGAAUCCCGAAUGAGGAUUAUUAGCUAUCACUGCAAUGCUUGGAAGGGAGUUUUGCAAAGAGCACAAAGGCAUAAAUCGAGUGGCACGAACCAGUUUGAUGUGGAAAAGGAUGCAAGAGCAAUAUAUACGCAAGAGAAUGGGAACAAGGCUUUUGAUUUUGAGCAUUGUUUUGACAUUCUUCGAAAUUGUCCAAAAUGGUACUGCAAUCCUAAACUGCUUGUUAGUCCCAUUCCACCUACGGGGCAAGGUUCCCAAAGUUCUCCCACAGGUUUUGGUUCUCAAUCAUCUCCCGUGGAAGGCCUUGAUGACUUACCAGAUGAAGGAGCUACGCCUUUCGUGUUGACUCGCCCUGAAGGACGCGACAAACAAAAGGCAGCAAAGAAGAAAGGUAAGGUAGUUGCUGAAUCGUCAGACAUAUACACUAGUCAACUGCUAGAGUUUGGUAAUGAUAUGAGAGAGAGGCAAAAGUCGUGGAUGGAGUACGAAAACAGAAAAAUGAAUGUUCAAGAGAGGAGACUAGAGCAGGAGAAAGAGGAAUGGGCAUACAAGAGGCAAGUGAGGGAGCGUGAAGCGGAAAAGUGGGCUAUGGAGAAGAAAGAGAGGGAAGCUGCAAUACUUCAACAAAAUGUGGCUAUUCUGGAGAAGGAUUUGUCAAAGAUGACACCAAGAAAGAAGAGAUUUUGGAGGCGUAAACAAAAUGACAUUUAUGGGUACGAUCAAGAUGAUCCCAACUCUUAUCCAAGUGAUGGGGAGAUGGAGAUGCAAGUGGUGGAGGAGAUGGAGAUGAAAGUGGUGGAGGAGAUGGAGAUUACUUUACUGUCAUGGAUUUAUAAUUAGAAGAAGGUCCUAUGUGUACUAUAUUGUCUUUACUGCUUUAAUGUGUUGUGUGUUCUCUUUCAACUUUGUUGUUUUCAUGUGUCAUGUGUACUCUUUGAACUUUGAGCAAUUCCAUGUGUAAUAAAAACAAGUGUUAUUG